AUGUCGCGUUUAGCAACCUUAUCUGCAUAUCUUCUGGCCUCUAGUAUUUUCUUGCCUGUCGCACACGCAUACGAGAACAGCGCUCUUCAACCAGAUACAACCGCGGUAAAUGCCGGACCACUGACAACCCAAUUCGUGCCUCCAUCGUCAUGCUUUGAUAUGAGAACGCGGGCCCCGUACGGCAACAUCAAGCUCGAAAUGGGCUGCGGCGAAGGACCCAUGAGCAGUGAAUGCUGCCCGGAUAACUGGGCGAGUGGUGUCUUUUACAGUCCUGGAAUGUGCCCUUCAGGCUACCACGCAUGCCCCCUAUCAUCGAGCAAGCAACGCCUAGAAACGACGAAUAUCUGCUGUCCGAUGGGAUAUAGAUGCGCCGAGCGAAAUUACUGCUUCUCUUACCCCGAAAGCACAUCGACCCUGACAUACAGCGAUGAGAAACUCUCGACUGUAUACGAGGUCUGGUACUACGCAGCCACCCCGAUCCAGAUCCGUUUCAAAGCCGAGGAGUCGGACAUCGUCCCUGUGCCGACAGGAUCCUUCAGUCUGCCACGGGAGUUCCUAUAUACGCGCGAGAAGGUCGGAAUUGGGAUUGGGGUUACUGCUGCGGUGGGCCUGGCUUCCUUGGCGAUAUACUACUGUUGGUUUGUUCGGCGGAGGAGAAGGGCAGCAGCAGCUGCUGAAGCUGAGUUUGCCCACCAGCAGCUUACGCCCUUGGUGCCGCAGGAUGGGCAGGUUUAUGACUUGGGUCCUCCGCCUCCUUACCCAGGGCAUACGGGUGAUAUAAAUCCAAAGCGAUAG